AUGUCGAGCUCUGAGAUUGCUAGAGCGGAGCCGCGGGUGGUAGGUGUGCUAGGUAAGUCGUGCUGAGGCGAGGAUGUAAAGAUGGCACGCCUGAUAGCUUGCUGACACCUUCCUCAUCUGUUGCACAGGCGCUGGCCAGUUAGGCAGAAUGCUCGUAGAGGCUGCUGCACGACUCAAUGUAUCCGUCAGACUGCUCGACGUCGGCGACUCAGCACCGGCGAAGCAGAUUUGCGACGUACCAGCUCAGGCAGGCUCGAGUGCUCGAAGUGAGCAUAUCGACGGCUCGUUUGCAGAUGGAGAGAAGAUCAAGGCAUUAGCAAACAAGGUGGACAUUAUUACCGUGGAAAUCGAGCAUGUGGAUGCUAGCAAGCUGCAAGAAGUUUUGGAUCAGGGGUUGGUCAAAGAGGUGCAUCCUACGCCCGCCACGAUCAAGCUCAUCCAAGACAAGUUUGCACAAAAGGACUAUUUGAGGAACAAGGGACUGCCUUGCGGAGAGUUUUCACCACUGCCCGAACCCGCUCAGAAUGCCAGUGACACAGUUCAAAGCCAGGCGAGAGCGAUCGAAGAGGCGGGCGACAAGUAUGGAUAUCCGGUCAUGAUCAAGUCCCGCACGCAGGCUUACGAUGGAAGGGGAAACUAUGUAGUCAAGACUGCGAGCGACGCAUCCGACGCUGUCAACGCGCUGGGAGCAGGCACACGAGGACUGUAUGCGGAGAAGUGGGCGCCAUUCGAACGGGAAGUCGCAGUGAUGGUCGUGCGAAGCUCCACUGGCGAGGUGCGAUCAUACCCAGCUGUCGAGACGGUCCACAAGAACAACAUCUGUCACAGUGUCUUUGUGCCGCUUCGAUCCAGAGAUGCGAGAAUAGGUAGCAGAGCUCGAAAAAUCGCGGAAAAGGCUGUAUCGACAUUCUCGGGAGCCGGAGUAUUUGGCGUGGAAUUAUUCUUGAUGGGCGAUGGCGAGCUGCGGAUCAAUGAGAUCGCGCCUCGACCUCACAACAGUGGACACUAUACCAUUGAGGCCAGCGAGACGAGUCAAUAUGAGAAUCAUUUGAGAGCUAUUCUUGGCCUGCCAUUAGGUAGCACGGAACUCAAAGUUGGAUCGGCAAUAAUGAUCAACCUUCUAGGCCUAGCAGAUCUGGACAAGGAUAAGGAUGCCAUCGCAAAGACUUAUGCGCCCGCAGUUGUCAGUCUCAACAUUCCUGGGACGACGGUGCACCUGUACGGCAAGAGCGGGUGCAGGAAAGGAAGAAAGAUGGGACACAUUACCAUUGUCGGCCCUUCUGAUGCAGCGGUGAGAGAUCGCCUCGCACCGAUCCAGGAUGCAUUGAACACUGCGACAGAAGCAGGAGAAACCGGCAAGUCUCUGCCCUGGGGCCUGACUCUCGAGGGAGCCUCUCAAGCGGCCGCUAAGGCUUUCAAAGAAGGGACAUCAGUUGCCACGUCUGCACCAGCCAAGUCGUCGCAGGACUUCAAGCAUCCCCACCCUCUGGUCGGGAUCAUCAUGGGCAGCGACUCCGAUCUACCCGUCAUGCUUCCAGGCGCAGAAAUCCUGAAAAAGUUCGACAUUCCCUUCGAACUGAGCAUCGUCUCUGCCCAUAGGACACCGGAUAGGAUGAGAGACUAUGCUAGAGCCGCGCCUAGCAGAGGGCUGAGGUGCAUCAUUGCUGGAGCGGGCGGAGCAGCGCACCUGCCUGGCAUGGUCGCUGCUCAAACGCCGCUGCCUGUCAUCGGUGUGCCCGUCAAGGGCAGCACAUUGGAUGGAGUAGACUCGUUGCACAGUAUCGUGCAGAUGCCAGUGAGUACUAGCUCGAGCUUCAUCGGAGCAUACGACGCCUCUCAACUGCAUCUCCCGCUCGACUUACAGCGCGGCAUACCAGUCGCUUCUGUGGCCAUCAACAAUUCAACAAAUGCGGCUCUGUUGGCAAUUCGAAUCCUUGGUGCUGCAGAUCCGCACUAUUUGGAAGCGAUGCAAAGCUACAUGUAUGCGAUGGAGCAGGAGGUUCUUGGCAAAGUUCAAAGGCUAGAGGAGCAAGGUUGGGACUCUGCAGUGAAGAAAUGA